CGGCGCGCCGAUGCGCCUGCCGUCCGGCCCGACGCCCGCGCCGCGAAACGUUCGCACAUAAUACGCACCUCAACCUCACAACCAGUGUCGCUUUUACUGUUACACCUGAAGCGAGCCCUUCAGCCCGUCUGUAUCGACGACCGUCGUCGGAUGGAACCCGGAGUGCGCCGAUUCGCAUCAAGCGGCGGGAGCUAGCUCAGACAUGGGAAGUGAGCACUAUUGCCUAAGGUGGAACAAUCAUCAGAGCAACCUGCUGGGAGUUUUCAGCCAGUUGCUGCACGACGAGAGUUUGGUGGACGUCACUCUUGCCUGCUCCGAAGGUGCCUCCAUAAGGGCUCAUAAGGUUGUACUAUCUGCGUGCUCAUCGUAUUUCCGUUCGCUGUUCGUGGACCACCCGUCGCGUCAUCCUAUAGUUAUACUCAAGGACGUUGGCUUAGAGGAGCUGAGAACGCUCGUCGACUUCAUGUACAAGGGCGAAGUUAACGUCCAGUACUGUCAACUACCGGCUCUCCUCAAGACUGCCGAGAGUCUACAAGUAAAAGGUUUAGCGGAAAUGACGACAUUAAGUGCUGCUGGCAUUGAGGCUAGAAACGUCUCAGAACCAAUGGAACAGUGCCAAUCGCAAGACACCAAAGAGUGUUCAGAACCCCACGAAAGGAUAGAUAAUAGAGACAGCCGGGAUAAAGAAGAGAGGCGUGAAUUGAAAGAUACGAGAGAAUCCCGAGAGAGAGACUCCAAAGAUAGUCAUGAAACAAGAGAUAAUCAUUCUCGAGACAUACGUGAGUCGAGAGAUUCACGAGAACAUCGGGAUAGGGAAUCCCGUGAUUUGAGAGAUAUCAGAGAAUUGAGGGAAACUAGAGACUUGAGAGAAUCCCGAGAUCAUAGAGAAUUACGAGAUUCCAGAGAUAUUCGAGAACCACGAGAUUAUCGGGAAAUUCCAAGGGACCUACGUGAUAAUCGGGAUUCACGAGAUUUGAGAGAGGCGCCCGAAGCUUCACCCCCACGGAUAUCCCCAUUACUUUCAGUGCGACGAUUUAGAUUAGAAGUACCAGGUGAAACACCAACACUGACGCAUCCUCCUAUUCCGAAAGAUGAGCCACCUGACGAACCAAUGCGAUCAUCGUCUCCUGAAGACGAUGCGGUGUCGUUAAGAUCAAAUGGAGCUCAAAAUGAUAAUAUUGGUUUAAACAUGACUAUAAACAGUCACAGCGGUGGGGUUCUUGCUUCAAGAUAUUCCCCAGUGGAACAGAGAUUAAGUGUGCUCAGUGGUAUACCACAUCCUGGUCUGCCUCAUCCAUCUCAUCCAUCAUUACCCAGUCCCAGAAGCGAGCCUAUUGCUGGACCCUCUGGUUUACCACCUGUCCAACAAGUGCCCCUUUCACUCAAAAAAGAAGUGGACUGGGAUAGAAGCAAUGAAGAGAAAGGAGGCGAGUCAUCAACAGAUUAUCGGAUGCAACAUGAAUCGAUGUGUCUGGAUAUGUCGUGUGGAUCGCAGAGUAUCCCUAGUCCUAUACCGGCUCGUAGCCCCACAGCUCUGCCCUUGUGGUCCCCACUAUUGGCGCUACAAGCGUGCCGCAUACGACGAUACCUCAGUGACGACUGCAUGGCCUACCAAAAUCGACAUCUGCUCCACACAGAGCGACGUCGCUGCGGUGUUUGCCUUGCAUCCUUCCCUUCUGCAUGGCUUCUUGAACGUCACGCUGCUCUGCAACAUGCUACACAAGCCACAUGUGAUGACAAACCAUUCGUCUGCGAACAGUGUGGUCAGAGUUACAGGUAUAGAUCUGCCUAUGUCAAACAUAAAGAACAAAACCACCGAGCCAGACUCCCAGCUGACAAGCUUUUCACGUGUGACGUCUGCGGCAUGCAGUUUCGUUAUCUCAAAUCUUUCAAAAAACACCGCCUGAAUCAUACCUUAGAAAGAUUGCAUACGAAAAAUACUGAUCCACCGGAAGGUAUCGAUCAGGUUUCUAGUACGAAUGAAGCUUUAAUAGGACAGUGUGGAGAAAUGGAUCUCUCAAUCAAAAAGAAGAAUAGAAUAGAAGAAGCAAAAACUCCACCAAUAGAACUGAUGCGGGACGCGGAGCAAGAUAGCACAGUGGACUCUAAUGGCGCCUCUGAUUCGAUAGUGACAGUCGACGAUUCCAUCGAAUGUAGAAACUCAGAAAGUGACAGUAAGCGAGAAGAUGAUACGGCGCCAGAAAGACGACGUCGUGUCCCUGUUUCAUUCGCCAGUGUCAGUUCCAUGGCAGAUAGUUCGGAAAGCGAGUCGAGGGGUGAUAGCAGUAAAAAUGAGAGCUCAAGUUCACACUCUGGAAUCCUUGGAUUUAUGCAGAACGAUGAUAGACAAAGGGAUAGAGAGAGAAGAUUUGCGUGUCCUUUCUGUGGGAAAUGUGUAAGGUCAAAGGAAAAUUUGAAAUUACAUGUCCGUAAGCAUACCGGGGAGCGGCCAUUUGUGUGUUUGUUCUGUGGGAGGGCAUUCGGAGGAAAGAGCGACCUGACCCGUCAUCUGCGUAUCCACACUGGUGAGCGGCCUUACCAUUGUGAGGCAUGCGGUAAGUGCUUCGCGCGGGCAGACUAUCUCUCCAAACACCUCACCACCCAUGUACACAAUACUCGCUGAUUGACGCCCGCGCCGUCCAAUUUCUGAUCUUGGCAUGCCUUCAAAAUAAAUACCCAGUACCCAGUCAUAUUAUAACAAUAAAUGGGAAUAUUUUUUAAAAAUAUUUUAAAACUUUACACAAAUAAAAUAAGCAGGAUUUAUUCAAUAUGACACACCUGUGUUUUUGGAGUGAUUUUAUCUAUAUUUAAUAAUUUUAAUAGUUGAUGACGAGAGCAGACAGCCAGUAACAGAACAGUGAAGCAAUUUUCGCUCGUAACACUUUUUAUAAUUCUGUUAAUAUCGUAAUUGAUUAAGGAUUAUGGCAGAUUGUCAAUUUUUCCAAUUGCAUACCUACCACACUUGUUUUUGCUUAAGUUUACCUACUUAUUGCAUUUUGAUUACAAGAUUUGAACGCACAUUCACAUGUGCAAUUCAUAUAUUAUUGGAGAAAGAAUUGGCGAGAAUUUAUACUUUUCUACAGCAAUAAUUACUGGAUUUCCAGUUUUUAUUGCUUUAUAUUAAAUACUUACAUUUUAAAGCCAUAUUUUGUACGCCGAUUUAAUUUAAGAUUAAAAAACUCAUUCCAUUGAAAGUUUACUAGAAAAUUGAUAGUCGAGAAGAUAGGUAAGUAGGAGAAUGCAAAAAGCUGUGAUUCGUAUGAUUAAGACCAGUCAAACAUGUUUUAGAACAUCGAAAAAAAUGUUUUAUGUAAUUUAACUUAAUGUUAAUGUUUACAUGUAAUUAUAGAUAUAAGAAAUCUCUCUGUGCCAAAACAUGUACCUCAUAAAAGAUAAACACUGAUGUAGAUAAUUGAGGAUUUUUUUUAGAUUUUUGUUGAUGACCGAUGUGAUAUUCUGAAGACGCAGAGGCUGACACGUAAAAGGAUGAUUGUACGGACCGCAACCCUUGUGUGCCUUCAGUUUAUUUCUACGUCAGAAAUAUUAACUUUAUAAACAAUCUAUUACUUGUUUUACAAAUUAAAACCUAACUACUCUUCUAUAAGAUACUGUUUAGUAAAAAAUACUCGCCCGCAAUCUUUUCAUAGAUAUCUACUUAGUACAAUAAAACAUGGCCAUUUUAUCUUUUUAAGACGAAUAUAACUGCCGAUAUUGUGAUAUAUAGGUUCAUAUAUUUAUUUUCAAUGGACAUAUUUGUUUGAUAUAUAUUCUCAUAUACAUACGUUACAUGAGAAAUUCGUUAUCUAAGUACAUUAAUAAUGCUCUAAUACUGAUAUUCGAGAAUAAAACUAGCAGUCUAUGUUCAGCAAGAUUAAACUCCAUCGCUAGGUGACGCCAUCCAAACUUACAUGUUAUAGGUACUUAUAAACUAGGUAGACACAAUCUGAAUAGAAGAGUGCAAUAAGUAUUUUCUGAUAUUAUGUGUAUCUGUUAUUAUGUAGACGUUUAUAUAUCUGCAAUAAUGAUCCCAUAUAUACCUAUAUAUUAUCAUCAUGUAAAGAAAUUGAUGGAGCUACCAAAUCCUUGCACCGCUAAAAGUAAUUUCACCAAUUUGUUUUAGGGAAUUUUAUCUUUAUCGAACACGAGUACAUAUAUUUUUGAUAUAGAGGUAAUAGUGGUUAAGUAUGUCAUAAGAGUAAUCUUUGAUGCAAUAAUUUAGAUUACGAUAGCCAUAAUGAAGUCCGUUUGAUAUCAACAUUUUGACUUGUCUAAUUUUAUAAGUCCAACACCAAAUGUAAUUUCCAAUUGUUGCAAAACGGAUUGAAAAACAUUUCGUUGUAAAAAACUAAAUAACGUUGAGUUUAUAUUGUAUGCCAAUUGAUACUUCAAAGAUGAAAGCCGCUACUGGUAAUGUGGGUGCCACUUUAUCGUAUAUGAACACGAGUGUAAUAUUUUGCAUUGUGUAUUUUAUAUGAAGUCACUGCGUGAAAUCUAAACAACGAAAAAUAAUAAAUAAUCAUAUAAAUGUUUGUAAAAAUACCGCUUUAAAUUAUUUUACUAAUAAAUAAAAUAAUGAUUAUUUAUUUUAUUUAUUAGUAAAAUACUUUAUUCUUUAUUACCUUAUCGGUUUUUUUUAUUGUCGCACGGUAUUUACUGUGUGAUUAACCUAGGUGUACUGCGUGAUUAAUCUAUGUUAUGAAUUAUUUCUGCAACUAGUUAUGUAUCAGGCUAUUCCCACCGCGGUAACGAUGAUAUCUUAAUAUUUUCUUACUUUAGAGUACUCGUUGCAGAUUGCCUAUAUGAAGUAUCUUUGGUUUAUGCUAAACAUAUAAAUAGGGACCACAAUAAACCUUAGAACUUACCCACUUAAGUUGUUUAUUUUCAUACAGACAUGAAAUAACAUUUGUAUAUGAUUAUUGAAAUUAUGUCACAAGUAGACAUUAUAUGUACUCUACAUUCGUG